AUGAUCGAACCCAAGCGCGCUUAUGGUCCGUCGAAUGGCGCUACUCUCAACGACAGCAACGGCGGCAACCAGCACCGCAAGGGUGGGCGCGGCAAGGGUGGGCGCGCCGGGCGGUCCGGCGGCCACAGACCCGCGAGUGCCGCGCCACGAAGCAACACCAACGGCAGCGAGAACCGCCCCCCGGCCGCCGCGAACGCCGCAGGCGCUGGGCCUAUCCCGGCGGACCAGGUGCAGCAGCUGACAGAGGCGGAGCGCCGUGCCGCGCGCGCGGAGCGGUUCGGGGCCGCAGGCGGCCGCGGGGGCGACCGCAGGCGCGGCGGGAAGGAGCGUCGGCAGCGGCGCGAUGACGCGCUUGUGUGUGCGGCCCCCCGCGUGCCCGACGGCGUGCCUGAGGAGGACCGCGACCUGUACGGGCCGAGGUUGGCGCGGGGGCCCAAGGGCAAGAACACGCAGAGCUUCGACCCCGAGCGCAGUCAGCGCCCCGCGGACAUGCGCGUGGUGGUGGCGCGGCCCGACCGCGAGACGCUGGGCCGGCCGUUCAUGGGGCGCGACGUGGUGUUUGUGCCGGACUUCUUCUGCCACGAGGACGACAAGACCGCGUACGACCAGCUGCUCAAGGAGAUCACGGAGCAAGGCAAAGAAGGCCGGGAGCUCUUCGUGCCGUGGCACGGCGACUCGCACGUCAUCGCGAGCGACAACCUCUACGACUGGUCCAAGUGCCCCACCUUCAAGUCCGUCGUCCAGAAGAUCGAGGCGUACUUCAACAUGCACGUGCAAGCCACCCGCUUCAACUGGUACCGCGACGACGCCGAGUGGAAGCCGUACCACCACGACGCCGCGGCGAUCAAGCCGCGCUUCUCCACGAUCCAGAACUGCACCGUCGCGGUCAGCUUCGGGCGGGAGCGCGACUGUGCGUUUGAGCAUGCGGCGUCCGGCGCCACCGUGUCCGUGCCGCAGCCCAACGGGUCGGCGUACGCGUUCGGGCGCGACGUCAACGUGGAGUGGCGGCACGGCGUGCCGCAGCUGCCGGAGGCGCGCCGGACGGGCGAGGGGCGCGUGAGCAUCAUUGCGUGGGGGUGGGUCGAUCAGGUGUACGAGCGCGGCGACGCGCAGCGCAAGGCGCACGCCAAGGUGCAGUGA